AUGGAGGUCAGGGGUGGAAGAGGGAGGAGGCUAAGCAGCAGGGAGACCAGCCCGGAUCGAGCCAGACUGGGCUGCUCACAGCUGCAACACAAGCAGCAGCAGCAGAGGUCCUUGAGGCCUCUGAGGAAAGUUCAGAUAAUAUACUACCUCAGCUGGAAUGGCCAGUUGGAGCAUCCUCACUUCAUCGAGCUCCCUUACCUCCCAAACCAACAGCUCCGCCUCAGAGCCUUCUCUUCCGGCCAUUUGUCAAUCGGCUUGUUCAUUUGUGAAUCACGAAAAAGGAGCUAUAAAAAUGGGUACGUGUGGAAUGACUUGGCCGAGAACGACGUUAUCUUCCCGGCGGACGGCGUCGAGUACGUGCUGAAAGGCUCCGAGAUCAUCCCUGGCGCAUAUGAGCGUUUCCAACACGUUGCUGCUCGCAGCAGGCGGCUGAAAGCGCUUCCUGCCCCCCGUAAACUCCACUUGGAAUUAGAGGAAGACGAAGGGGAGGAAGGAGAACUGGGAGAGGAUGAAGAGGGUGCAGAGGAGGUGAGAUGCGGUAAGCGCAACGUGGAUGGCGCACGUCACUCUCGGCGUUCCUGCGGCGUUUCGACGGAGGAGAUCGAGCGAACCGACAACCUGACCACGGUUCGGUCCCACCGCCACCACCAACAUGGCCCCAUGGAGCUGCCCCUGGACGACUCCUCCCCGCCCUCCUCCACCUCCUCCGACAAACCCCCCGCCCACGCCCCCUGCAGCGGCGCCUCCCAGAGGUUCGAGGAUGCCGACCCGGCGCCGGAACCGGGUCUGACUCGGAACUCGGUCCUGCUCCAACUCAUCGCCUGUGGGUCCGCGGCACUGAAGGGAAGCAGCCGCACCAGCGGCGGGACCAUCAAGACAGCCACCGCCGCAGGUGGCGGGCAGAGGAACACCGGGCUCCACCGCGGGCUGGUGAGUCGACUCGCGAGCCGGGCGGCUGAGGAGGACGAGGUGGUUCGUUGCGUCCAGGAGAACCCUCGGUUCUGUCACCCCCUCAUAGAGGACAAGGAGUACUUCAGCGGGAGCAUAGUCGAAGGGAGCAGAGCACCACCUGAGCCUUCUCUCAAGAAGUCUUCCUCCUACAACGAAGAAAGGUGA